AUGAGGUGGUUUAUAGUGACAAUGAGUGUGAUGGUGUGGGAAACAAUAUUAGCCGGUAUAGCGCCCCCCGGCUCUUGUCCCGCAGUGUGUGCGUGUAAGUGGAAGGGGGGUAAGCAGACUGUUGAGUGCAUGGACAGAGCUCUAAUUACAGUGCCAGAGCCGGUAGACCCCGCCACGCAAGUAUUGGACUUAUCCGGGAAUAAUCUUCAAAUACUCCCGCAGGAAGCUUUCGCCCGAACAGGACUAGUUAAUCUACAAAGAGUUUAUUUACGAAAUUGUAAUAUUGGCCAAAUACAUGAUAGAGCUCUUAAAGGCUUAACGAAUUUAGUUGAAUUAGAUCUGUCCCAUAACUUACUAACACAGAUACCUUCAACCAGCUUCAAGGAUGCACCUUUCCUUAGAGAUCUCACAUUGGCAACAAAUCCAAUUUUAAAAGUACAUUCUGAUGCUUUGAGCAAUCUCGGAAGCGUUGUCAAACUAGAUUUGUCCAAAUGUGAUAUUAGAGACAUAGCCCCAGACGCGUUUAGGAAUUUGCGCUCGCUGGAAUCUUUAAAACUAAAUCAUAACAAAUUACGUGAACUACCUCUAAGUUCAUUGGAGAAAGUAGACAAGCUGCGGGCAAUAGAUUUAUCCGACAAUCCUUGGACAUGUGACUGUCGCCUACGGGACCUCAAACUGUGGCUAGCUAAACGUAAAUUACUAUCAACACCUAGUUGCUAUGCGCCUCCGCGAUUAGCUAAUCGACCAUUUUCAGAACUACCAAUUGAAGAGUUUGCAUGCAAACCAGAAAUUUUACACGUUAGCCGGCACGUUGAAGCUGCUGUGGGAGAAAAUGCUACCAUCGCUUGCAGAACUGAAGCUAUGCCGAGUGCAACUAUAAAUUGGUAUUGGAAUGGGAGACUACUUCAAAAUGGAAGUCAUUUUAAUUCUCAUCAAAAAAUAUACAUUUUUGAAGAAGGAGACUCGAAGAAAAAGUCUUCUUUGAUAUUGACAAAUACGCAGGAAUCUGACUCAAGUGAGUUUUAUUGUGUUGCUGAAAAUAAAGGCGGCAACGCUGAAGCUAACUUCACUGUACAUGUGACUCAGCAGCCUGUUGGAAUGGCUUUAGGAAGCGCGCAGAUAGCAAGCCUAGGAGCAGCAUUGUUCUUAGUAGUUGUGGUCAUUUCCUUAGCCCUCCUCAUUACCUUCGUUCGGUUUCGACCGACAGCAACUUGUGAGAGUAAAACACCAAAUACAAUAGAUAGAGUUGUGUCUGGUAAUGAAGUACAUCCGACGGCCACUGAUCGACCUCAUGUUGCUGUAUUAGCUAACAGACAAGACUCUCAAAAUGACCCCAAAUGUAACCCUGUCACAAAACCACCGAGAGCUAACGACAUCCCUUAUACCACAAACCAUUAUGAGGGAAGAGGGAGUGUGGUAACAGCUAACGGACCCGUCGUUGUAUCCCCGACUGUUUCGGGUACUAUAGAUCCGGAUCUAAUCAAUGAUACAAGACCGGAUAAUGUAGUACGUCCAGGAAGCGGAGAAUAUGCCCGAGAGGCUUCUGAUUCAUUAUAUCCAUCGGGACUCUGGGACCAAAUGAGAAUGAAUCAAGCGAGUAACUUGGCCCGGGCUGUUAGUACUGCUAUACCAACCUAUUACAACGAUAGAACGCCGAUAAUUGAGAACUGCAGUGUAGACGGGUCACAGGAAGAAUUAGGGUAUACGAGUCGUACUUUUCCCCGUUCACAUGCGAUUUCCUCAACUAAUGUGGCUGGCCCGACAGCAGACGCUCCGUACCCUCCCGACUAUGGACUGCCUGUAGGCGGCGCGCGCACUCUCCGUGUAUGGCAACGAGCGCCACCAGUGUUGCCCCCCGUGGCUGCCAUCAAGCGUGUCCUCACCAUUACCAGGCCUUCGGCUGAUGACAAUUUUCAGGAUGGCUGUGCUACUGAUGUAUAA